UUCAUUCUAGUGGCUAUGUCAACUCAACUCCUAUCUGGACCGUCACCAGGACCUAAUGAUGUUCACCCAUUCAUCGAUGCGGCCAUGGUUCAGGAGAUCCCUUUGGUUGGCUUGGUUGUUCGCAGAUUGCUACUUAAUUGCAUCACGCAACCUCGAUUUGCCUUAAACACUGCAUCUUAUGACAUGUUUUCUGAAGGAAAUCAGCCCAGUGUUCUACAGAGAGUUGGUUCUGUGGCUGGUAUCAAGUUUGUUCUAUUGCCAUUUAAUUACUUUGUCAAUUCAAGUCGUGAAGCUACCAGAAGUUCAUUGGCAGCCAGCAGUCUUCACAUGUUACUUAUUCUCAUUCAUUAUCGGAAAUGUGUUUUGGAGGAGACAUUGAGAGAUACAAGUAAUAACAGUGCCAGUUCAGAUUUACUCUUGAAAGAAAGUUCAUAUUUUUCUGAAAACCCUUACUGCAAGGCUCUAGAAAAUGCUAGGGAUAUCCAAUUUGAUCGCGUUGACAUUGAAGGCAGUACCCGCAUUGGUCCACUUGUGAGAGUAUCUUUUGCAUCCCUUUUUGAUACUCUUGGCAUGUACUUGGCAGAUGAGGCUGCUGUCUUGCUGCUUUACUCACUGGUGCAUGGUAACUCCGAUUUUCUGGAGUAUGUUUUGGUGCGAACAGAUUUAGAUACACUGUUGAUGCCCAUGUUGGAAACACUUUAUAAUGCUUCAAAGAGGACAUCCAAUCAAAUCUACAUGCUGCUCUUUAUCCUUCUAAUACUCAAUCAGGAUUCUUCUUUCAAUGCCAGCAUACACAAACUGAUAUUGCCAACUGUUCCAUGGUACAAAGAACGGCUCCUCCAUCAGAUUUCUCUUGGUUCCUUGAUGGUCAUAAUUCUGAUAAGGACUGUGAAGUAUAACCUGUCCAAGUUACGGGAUGUUUAUCUCCAUACAAACUGCCUUGCAACUUUGGCCAACAUGGCACCGCAUGUCCACCAUUUGAGUGCAUAUGCAUCACAGAGGCUUGUUAGUCUUUUUGAUAUGCUCUCACGCAAGUACUCAAAAUUAGCACGGCUGAAAAAUGAUAAGAUGCAUAUAACGAAUAUUGAAUCAAGAGGAGACAGCCUUCCAGAAGACCCAUCAGGUGAGGUUUAUAUUACAACAGACUUUCUAAGAAUCGUUCUGGAAAUAUUAAAUGCAAUUCUGACUUGUGCUCUGCCACGUAAUCCUGAGGUUGUAUAUGCAAUUAUGCACAGGCAGGAGGUCUUCGAACCUUUGAAGAGUCAUCCACGCUUUAAUGAGCUGCUUGAGAAUAUUUUUACUGUCUUAGAUUUUUUCAAUAGCCGCAUGGAUGCCCAAAGAAUGGCUGGUGAAUGGUCAGUGGAGAGAGUCCUCCAAGUCAUAAUCAUAAAUUGUAGAUCUUGGCGUGGGGAAGGCAUGAAGAUGUUUACUCAAUUACGCUUUACGUAUGAGCAAGAGAGUCAUCCUGAGGAGUUCUUCAUUCCUUAUGUGUGGCAGCUUGUUAUGGCUCGCAGUGCAUUAAACUUCAAUCCCAGUAGCAUAAACUUAUUCCCAGUUGAUGUGCCUUUAGAGGUAAAGUGUUGUUUCCUCAUUGUUUUAGAGAUAUCAAUUGUGAAUCCAAGGAUGUUUUUGCCUUUUCCUAUUGGCGUCAGAGAUGCUCUGAUAAUUUAUAAUUGCUUAUUAACCUUAACAUUUUCCGAGUGUACAUGCUUUAUUCUAUUUAUCGUAAAUGAUGCUGUAUAUCACAUAAAGAAAACUCUGAGAAAGUAA